AUGGGGGUUUACUCCAAGAUUGCAGCAUUCGCUGCCCUGGUGCACUACUCAACAGCACAAUUCGUGCCUGCACCGACCGACUUGAUCACAAAGAAGGGUCAUGCAAGUGUCAAUGUGCGAUAUAAGGAGGUGCCCGCUGGAAUCUGCGAGCAGGACCCCAAUGUUAAAAGCUAUUCUGGCUAUGCCGAUGUUGGUGAGAAUGAGCAUAUCUUCUGGUGGUUUUUCGAGGCUAGAAAUGGAGAUCCGACAGAGGCACCGCUUACCGUCUGGAUCAACGGAGGACCGGGAUCAUCUUCAAUGAUCGGGUUGUUCCAGGAGCUGGGGCCGUGUGGAGUUGACAUCAAUGGCACAGCUUACAACAACCCCUAUUCAUGGAGCAAUGUGACAAACAUGCUCUUUGUUGAUCAACCCGCGACGGUUGGAUUAUCAUAUACCAUCCCCAUACCUGGAUAUCAGGAUGAGGACGGUAAUAUCAUACAGCUACCCGACAAAGAAUGUCCCGAGUAUGCUGAGAAAUACGGAACAUGCGGAACAUACUCGAAGCCAGACAUUGGCUUAGUCCCCAACUCAACACAAGGAGCCGCCCCGAAUAUGUGGAAGACAUUGCAAGGAUUCAUGGGAGCAUUCCCCCAAUACUCCAGGAACGGAUUCAGCUUUACUACUGAGAGCUAUGGUGGUCAUUACGGCCCAGUAUUCAACGAUUACUUUGUGAAGCAAAAUAAGAAGAAAAUUCCCGGUGCGAUCCAUAUUGAUCUCGAGAACGUUCUCAUCGGAAACGGCUGGUUUGACCCCUUGAUUCAAUACCAGGCGUACUAUAAUUUCUCCGUCUACCCCGGAAAUACCUAUGAUUUUGACCCAUACAAUGCCUCCGUCAAGGCAGAAUGGUAUAACAACCUUUACGGAGAAGGAAAUUGUGUCGACCGGACUCGCGAAUGCUACGCAACUGGUCGAAAUGACAUCUGCUCUACUGCUGACAGUUUCUGCGCCUCCAAAGUCGAGAAUAUGUUUGAUAUCUACUCAGGGCGGGAUGAGUACGACAUGCGCGAGCUAACCCCUGACCCUUUCCCAUAUUCGUUCUAUGUGGACUACCUCAACAGCCCGAAGGUGCAAGCCGCCAUCGGAGCGUACCAGAAUUUCUCGGAAUCGUCUCAAACCGUCGGCAAUAGCUUUGCAAGCACAGGCGAUGACGACCGCGAGUCUGGCACCAUUCAGCAUGUGCGAAGCUUGCUCGAAGCUGGGGUGCAGGUCGUUAUGUAUUUUGGAGAUGCGGAUUUCAACUGCAACUGGUUGGGCGGGCAAGUUGUUGCCCACGAAAUCAAUGCUCCGGGGUAUAAAAAGGCAGGGUUUGUCAACAUCACCACCUCUGAUGGGGUUGUCCAUGGGCAGGUUCGACAGAGUGGGCUGUAUAGUUUCGUCCGAAUUUACGAGUCUGGCCACGAGGUGCCUUUCUACCAACCGCUGGCUUCCUUGGAGAUGUUUGAGAGGGCGAUUUUGAGAAAGGACCUUGCCACCGGUGAAAAGCACAUCACUGGAAGUUACAAAACCAAGGGAACACCAACCAGUAACUUCCGGGAGGGCAAUAGCACCGUCGUUCUCAAGGUUCUUCCUAGCGAUGCCACUUACAACACAACUCUGAACGGACCUGAUCUUUCUCCCUCGGACUCGGCUAAGUUUCACUGGCAAGGAAAGCGAGGACAAUCUAAGAGGAAUUCGGGCAAGUACAAUAAGCCUAAA